AGAAAGCGGUCAAGGUGGAUCCCUGUAAAUAAAGGAGUGUAUUUUAACUUGUACUUUAUAUCUCUAAGGUGUGUCUCUUUAACCGUGUACACCCCUAUUUGUUCUCUAUUUAACUGCUCCUCAAUCUCUACCCACUUUUACUUUCUUCUGCUGCUCUGCAUUUAUGUUGUUUAUUGCAUGUUGAGCUCACUCUCGUGCUUUCCUCCUUUCUCGCCUCUGCCAUGAUGCAGCGGUGUCGAGCACCAUCUGGAGGUGUUGCAAGGAACCGUGUGCGCCACUUUAUGGCCUUCGAGAUUUGCUGCAAAUCUGGGAGGCCAUGGCCACUAUGAAUGGUAGAAAUGCUAGAAAAGGUGUCUGUGGGUUUUGUUUUUACGUUACAAAAUUAUGUUUUCUCAUAUAUAAAAAAACUGACCAACCUUCCACUAUUGUGAAGAGAAGUGCAGGCGAAGCUUGGGACCUGCGGCGCUUCGUUGUCUUAUGCCUUGGCUUCACGCUCCCUCACAGCGAGGUCAGCACGUUGAUGACAAGCUCUUUCUUGAGUUCCUUGCUAUUGGAAUCCCGUGAGCAGUACCUUUCACUCGUGUCUGUUUGUGGCCAGCUGCAUUCCUGCCUGCAGUGCACUUACAAGACUAAGCACAAGAAGCACAUGACCCAGCACCUGCGCAUACACACAGGCGAGCGGCCCUUCAAGUGCCAUCUUUGCUCGGAGGCAUUCACUCAGAAGUGGCAUCUGAAAGAGCAUGUGCGCACCCACGCGGGCGAGCGUCCCUACCAGUGCCACCUGUGCUCAGAAACAUUCACUCAGUGUAACAGCUUGAAACGCCAUGUGCGCGCCCACACGGGAGAGCGCCCCUACCAGUGCCACCUGUGCCCAGAAGCAUUCACUCAGAAUAACAGCCUGACACGCCACAUGCGUACCCACACUGGAGAGCGUGCUUUUCCCUGCAUCCACUGUGGUGCAUCCUUUUCACGGAAAGACAACCUCUUACGCCACAUGUCCUGUCAUUCAGAGGAGAAUGGAAAUCGUACCUUUUGGAUGCGUUUACGUCGCUGCUGCUCGGAACAAACGAGCUUGCUACGAGCUUCAUCAUUGCGAGUUUGGACUCCGAAUACGUUGCUGAUGUUUCCAUGCUGCCUGAAAAAAACAUCGAACAAGUUGUAUUCCUUGGGCUUCGACUUUUCCUUGCCAUCACCAUCCCCAGAGCAGUACCUUUCACUCGUGUCCGUGUGCGACCAGCUGCAUUCCUGCCGGCAGUGCACUUACAAGACUGAGCAGAAGAAGCACAUGAUCCAACACCUGCGCACCCACAUGCCAGAGCGCCCCUACCAGUGCCAUCUGUGCUCGGAAGCGUUCACUCAGCGUAACAGUCUGACAUGCCAUGUGCGUGCCCACACAGGAGAGCGCCCCUACCAGUGCCACCUGUGCCCAGAAACAUUCACUCAGAAUCACAGCCUGACACGUCAUCUGCGCACCCACACUGGAGAGCGUGCCUUUGCCUGCAUCCACUGCGGUGCAUCCUUCUCGCGGAGAGACAACCUCUAUCGCCACCUAUUCUGUCACUCGGAGGUGAAGCCCUAAAGACUAAACUAUUGUGCCAGCUGAAAUGUUCCCGAGCUGGUCACAAGCUGAAAUGCAUGCCUCGGCAGAGUUGGUUCUCAAGCUUUAAACGUCCAGUGUCAUACUUGUGGUUCAGCAUUAGCAAACCCUGUCACUCUGUUCAGCAUUCGCACAGCAAGGCAUCGACAUGAGAAAGUGAGCGCUGCAAUUUUUGAGAAGCCAUCGUUGAUGUUUAGUGAUGUCAUGUCUGGAAACCGAGUAAAGCUUGUAUGCUGUAUUGAAA